UUCUGCAAUAUUUUGAAUCUUCUAUAUUCUAAUUUUGUUCGUUAUUGUAUGUAUAUACAAUGGAAAUGAAAAAUAAAUGCAUUCUAUGUGAUGGAGAAUUCAAACAUAUUAUAUACAAUCUGGCAUCGACCAGAACAAGAAUGUCAGGAAGCUUAGCACUAACUCUUAUUGAGGAAUUUACCGAAGAAAAAUUCAAAACAAAUUUGAAUAUAUGUGAAAAUUGUCUUGAACUCAUAAAUGAAUUAGAUGAAAUGAGGAUAAGAGUUGCUGAUAUCAGCAACGUACUGGGAAGAUAUAUUCAGAUACGAUCUGUUUCUUAUCGUGCAGCCAAAGAAAAAAUUGAAAGCAACUUGACUGAAUCAGAACUCAUUCAGUUUUGUGUAGAUGAUUCCAACUUAUCUGUAUUUGACAAACAUUUUGAAUCAAUUCAUGAUUAUAAUGAAAAACCAGAUCACACAAAUGACCUACAAAAUAAUGGAAAGGACGUUCUAUUUCAGAACAUAUCUCCUCUAGAACCAUCACCAGUCAUAAACAACGUAUUUGAAAGAGAAAUCAGCACUUCCAAAUUGAACGAAUGUGUUAAAGAAAAUAUCAAUAUUCCUGAGUUGAAACAUAAUCCAGGCACACACAACCCUUCAUUUGUCUGUGAAGUGUGUGGUAAAUCAUAUAAGCAUAAAAGAAAUUUUGAGAGUCACUCAAAACAACAUACAGGGUGCCCUACAUUUUCCUGUACUUAUUGUCAAAAGUUUUUUUUACAGAAAGGUGAUCUAAUUCGACAUGUUGCUAUUCACACUGGUGAAAAACUACAUCAAUGUGAAAAAUGUGGAAAACGAUUUACACAUCAUACUUCCUUCAAUAUGCACAUUAAAACACAUACUGGUAAAAAGACUCAUAAGUGCAACAUGUGUGAACGAGGAUUCACAAGUACUUCACAUUUGAAGCGACACAUUCGUAUGCACACAGGGGACAAAAAGUUUUCAUGUUCUAGAUGCGGUAAGCGUUUUGCAGAGAGAUAUAAUCUUGUUGCGCAUGAACAGCUACACAACUCCAAAUUGGAAUUGAAACGGAAGAAAUUUAGUUGUCACAUAUGUGGAGAGAGUUUUGAGAAAAAACAGAGAUUGGAAGAGCACAAAACAAAAGAGCACUUCUCUCUUGAUAUAAAUAUAUGUCAGAGUUGAGUCUCCGUUAUGAAAGAAAAAACGAGAAAAUCGAACAAGGCAGUAUUAGGAUCUUCAAGGAAGAACUUUGAUAGGAAAUCUCAGAGAAAUACCAGAGGAUAUUUCCGCCGAUUUUAUAUCCCAGUAUUCUUUAAUAUAUUUUGUAAUUUAUGUUUUGCACUGAUUAAACAAUAAAAUACUUUCACUUUA